AUGGAGUCCUGGAUGGAGUCCUUCUGGCUUGAGGCGCACUGGACGAGGCCCUUUCACCUGACGCUGGCUUUCUGUUUGGCCCUAGGGCUGCUGCAGGCCAUCAAGCUCUACCUGCAGAGGCAGAGGCUGCUUCGAGACCUGCGCCCCUUCCCCUCGCCCCGUACUCACUGGCUCUACGGACAUCAAAAGUUAUUUAAAGAUGGUAAAAUGGAGAACCUUGAGAAGAUUGUAGAAAAAUACCCUUGUGCCUUUCCUCGCUGGGUUGGGCCCUUUGCGGUAUUUUUCUAUAUCUAUGAUCCAGACUAUGCAAAGACAUUUCUGAGCAGAACAGAUCCCAAGUCCAAAUUCCUGUAUAGGUUCAUUAUUCCAACUGUUGGAAAAGGACUAGUGAAUUUGGAUGGACCCAAAUGGUCUCAGCACCGUCGCCUACUAACUCCUGGAUUCCAUUUUAAUACCUUGAAAUCGUUCGUCGAGGUGAUGGCUCAAUCCGUGAACAUCAUGCUGGAUAAGUGGGAGAAGAUUUGUGGCUCUCAGGAUGCACUUCUGGAUGUCUAUGAGCACAUCGACUUGAUGACCCUGGACGUACUCAUGAAAUGUAUUUUCAGCUGGGAAACCAACUGCCAAACAGACAGCUCCCAUGAUUAUUAUAUAAAAGCAACAAGUGAAGGCAGCAAUAUCCUUAUACAACGUGUGUACAAUUACUUUUAUCACUGUGACCUAAUUUUCAAAUUAAGCCCUCUGGGCCACCGCUUGCGGGAGAUAAACGAGAUAUUGCAUCAGCAUACAGACAAGAUAGUCAAGGAUAGAAGGAAUUCCCUCAAGGAUGAGAAUAAGCAGGCUAACACUCAGAAGAGGAAGUACCAGGACUUCCUGGAUAUUGUCCUUUCUGCUCAGGCUGAAAAUGAUAGCUUCACAGAUGCAGACCUAUGGUCCGAGGUGAACACAUUCAUGUUGGCCGGGCAUGACUCUGUAUUAGCAGGCAUUUCCUGGCUUCUCUACCACCUAGCUCUGUACCCUGAGCAUCAGGAGAGAUGCCGGGAGGAGAUCAGAGCCAUCCUGGGGGAUGGGUCUUCCAUUACCUGGGACCAACUGAGUGAGAUGUCAUACACUACAAUGUGCAUUAAGGAGUCACUCCGCAUAGCUCCUCCAGCCGUGUCCAUUUCCAGAGAACUCAGCAAGCCCAUUACCUUUCCAGAUGGACGCUCUUUGCCUGCAGGAAUGACCGUGGUUCUCAGUAUCUGGGGUCUCCACCACAACCCUGCCGUCUGGGAAAACCCACAGGUCUUUGACCCCUUGAGGUUCUCCCAGGAAAAUAAUAAAAGACACUCCCAUGCUUACUUACCAUUCUCAUCUGGACCAAGGAACUGCAUUGGGCAGAAUUUUGCCAUAGUUGAGAUAAAGGUGAUUGUUGCCUUGAUUCUGCUCCGCUUCCAGAUGACAGUAGAGCCCACCAAGCCUCUUGUCUUCAUGCCCCAUAUUUUCAUCAAACCCAAGAAGGGGAUCUACUUGCACCUGAAGAAACUCCCCUAA